GGAUUUUGCCGACUAUAGUGAGCAAGGUAACCCCUCCUUCCUCUCCCCUCCCUUCUCCCCUGUCCCCCUUCACAGCUGGCUGCAGCUGGCCGAGGAGGCCCUGAUUAAGGAGGAGGGGACAGUGCUCGCAAGUCUAGGCAGUGUCCACAAAAUAUGAGGAGCCACCGCUCUGUGCUGCUGCUGUACCUGGGAUUGACCACCUGCCUGGACACCUCACCCAGUGGGGAGCAAGAACAAGAAGUCUUCCUGGACUCCCCAGAGGCCCAGAGCUUCCUGGGCAGCCGUAGGCGGAUUCCACGAGCCAACCACUGGGACCUGGAGCUGUUCACGCCAGGGAACCUGGAACGGGAGUGUCAAGAGGAGAGGUGUUCCUGGGAAGAGGCGCGGGAGUACUUUGAGGACAAUACUCUGACGGAGCGCUUUUGGGAGAAUUACAUCUACAAUGGCAAAGGAGGACGUGGACGAGGGGACGUAGCAAGCAUGGCUGUGGGGCUGACAGUGGGCAUCCUGCUCAUGAUCCUGGCCAGCCUGGGAGCCUUUUGGUAUCUGCAUUGCCGUCAGAAACGAGGCCAGCAGCCCAGUCCUCAAGAGGCCGAGCUCAUCAGUCCCCUGAGCUCUCUGAGUCCGCCGACGCCCCUGCCUCCACCCCCACCCCCAGGCCUCCCCACCUACGAGCAGGCGCUGGCGGCCUCUGGAGUGCACGACGCACCACCGCCCCCCUACGCCAGCCUCUGGAGGCCGCGCUGAAGAGCUGUUUCGAGCUGUUUCGGAGCCAGGGUUCUCCGAACCGUGCCCCAGAUUCACACCGGAUUCCGGAAACCCCCAGGCCUCUUAAACUCCGGAGCUGAGCUUGGAGGGGUGAUGGCAGUAGGGAUCGUCCGACCCGAGGCCUACCCUAACACACGUGUUUCCGCCGCCUACGGAUACACGCAAGUUCCCGGGCAACGUGUUCCCGCAUCCCGGCGCCUCGCAGGCCCCCACGCUCUCUUAAUGGUGGGGGUACCCACCAGCCCCGCCCCGGGGAUAGGCGUGCGUGGAAACUCCGACUCAGGCACGCAGUGCCUCGCAGACUCGCGUGUGAGUAGGUGUGAUACGGCCAUCUCCCUCAGUGUCACGGGCCACGGACAGGCAGAGCCCCGCCUGUGUACACGCGUGUUUUCGUGUGCUCCCCGUGCGCGCACGGGGGCACUCUGCAAUCCAGGGAAAGGGUGGGGGGCAUAUUUGCAAGCGUGCUUGGUUGGGGGCAGGCGCACACUGCACCUGGGGGACUGGAGUUGAGCUCUUUCC